CUUCUUGUUUUCGUCCUCACAAUUUUCUUCUUCAAUCGGUUGCUUUGCCCCUGAUCAACAUUGACUAGCGUCUCUCUUCAAAUUCAAAGUGGUAAAAUAGAUUUUGUUGUUCGAUUGCUUUCUAAAAUGCAAAAUCUAAAUGAAAGUGAAGAUGGGGAAAUUUCUGACGAUGACGGUGAUAUUGAGCCAUAUACCGCCUUAGAAAGACCUACAUCAUUUGCUCCCAUUCACCAACCCCUCAAGCAGGUUGCUGAGGAUACUGAAGAAUCCACUGAAUCCAGCAGCAGCAGUGAGGAUAGCAGCAGCGAUGAAGGUCAGAGGCCAGCUAAGAGACGAAAAAAAUCAGAUAACAAAGUAACAAAGCCCACCCAACCAAGUCGGAAGCACAAUGUUUGGAGUACGGUCGUCUUUGAGGAUCAAUUUGAGCAGGACUUGAAGGACAUUAAUGUGCACCACAGCAAGCAUUACCUUGAUAGGUCUAGGGAUGUUGAAUCCUACAACUAUGUACUCUGCAUGAAGAACCGUCUGGAAGAAGAAGAUAUUGAUGAAAAAACAGAACAAAGGAUUCGAAAAAAGAUUGCUGACUUGGAUGAAAAAUAUGGUGGAGAAACUCCUGUGAUAGUGGAAGAUCCAGUUGCUGAAGACUUUGAACAAAGCCUGCAAAAAACUCAAAAGUUACUAACUUCUCGAAAAAGAAAAAUGGAGCAGAGGGAGACACAAUCCCCAAACACUGUGCAACGACCAAGGUCCAGAACCCAACUCAGGCGUGUUGAGGAUUUGACUGUUACUGAAAGUUCAACAGUACUUGAAGUGGCCCAGGACAUAACCGUUAAGCUUCAUGAAGAAAAAAUGGACUUGAUUCUUCGUGUGGUGGAAAUCAUAGGCAAAGAACUUACCAUUCAGUUGUUUCGUGAAACGCAAGAAACCGAAAACGAUGGGGGUGUUAUGGUUGCGGAUGGUUCUCGGCGAAGAACUCCUGGUGGAGUUUUCCUAUACUUACUUCGUAACCACGAAGAAAUCCCAAUGGAAAAGAUUCGCGAAGUUUUCAGUCAAGAGACUAAAGCCAAAGAACAACACAAGCGAACUAUACGUGCCAAACGCCGGCAAGCUCAGGCCGAAAAACUAAAGCUAUCGCUUUCAUCAGCAAAUACUUUACCGGAAUUGCCAACACGAGCCGAAUUGGAAAUACAGAAGAGUCAACGAGAUUCGCAAGUCGUCUUAACUGAAGGAAUGAAACCGCAGGCAGCGACGGUGGAACCCAUUGAUAGUGAAAUCGCUGAAAACGAAGUUGUUGACAUACAAUUCGAUUGCGAAUGAUGCAGUUUCCAUACCUAACCAACAAAAUUGAGUUCUAAAUGUUCCCAGAUAAAAAAAAACCAAAAAAACAGAUUGUUUAAUUAUUUGCCCGGAUAAAAUGUGACGCGCGUGGAUAAUUGUUCCAAGUAUGUACCGUUGUGACACAGAAACCCUUGCAGUUUUUCUUUCACCCCAAAAUUUGUUGCAGUUGCAUUUUUGUGGGCUGAGCCCAUUUUUAUUUCAAAGGAAUACGACACUGAAAUCGAAACGCAA